GAAUCUCAUAAAUCUUAAAAUACCACUGGUUGGUGCACUGUUGGCCUAAUUUAAAUUGACAGGCUCGGUCUGUUCUCUGUACCUGUCUGGCCUUACUGCUUCAGAUAAGGAUUUCAGAACAAUGGCCGUCCUGCGGUACAAUUGGGUGACCUGGAUCGCCAAUUCACUGAUCCCAGUGGCGAUUCUUGUAUUUUCUUCUGGCUUCUUCCCAUACAAACCGCUGAUUCCUGGACUGGCAACCGUCGAGGACACUGGCAGUGCCUCUCCGCCACCAGUCUUUGACAAAGUCAUCUUCAUGGUAGUAGAUGCCUUGCGGAGCGAUUUCGUCUAUUCGUCAAGUUCGGGGUUUUCAUUUACUCAAAGUCUAAUUCGAUCUGGCGCUGCGCUUCCGUUCACCGCCCAUGCCAGCUCUCCAACUGUCACGAUGCCUCGACUUAAGGCUAUGACAACAGGAUCGGUUCCAUCAUUUCUAGAUGUGAUUCUCAAUAUCGCUGAGUCUGAUACAUCGUCGACUCUUGCGUACCAAGACACCUGGUUAGCGCAGUUAAAGGCAAAAGGAGGUCGGCUGGUCAUGUAUGGUGAUGAUACUUGGCUUAAGCUCUUCCCUGGCAUGUUUGACCGGGCUGACGGGACCACAAGUUUUUUUGUAUCGGAUUUUAUUGAAGUAGAUAACAAUGUCACACGCCAUGUUUCUAAUGAGCUUCUCAAUAAUGACUGGACGGGAUUCAUUAUGCACUAUCUAGGCCUCGACCAUAUUGGACACAAAGCUGGGCCCCAAAGUCCUUACAUGAUGUCUAAACAACAGGAAAUGGAUUCUGUUGUAACCCAGGUCUACACAACCAUGGAACGAGAGGAUCAUCUUCAAUCGACCCUUUUUGUUUUGUGUGGAGACCAUGGAAUGAAUGAUGCUGGGAAUCACGGUGGUUCUUCGGCAGGUGAGACUUCGCCAGCUUUACUUUUUAUUUCACCGAAGUUCCAGGCCAAGGGGGUGCAUGGAGAAAGUCCUGUCGAGGCAUCAAACGAUUUACAAUACUAUCGCACCAUCGAACAAACAGAUAUAACACCGACGUUAGCCGGGCUUCUCGGGUUACCCAUUCCCCUGAAUAGCCUGGGCGUGUUCAUCCCAGAGCUUCUGGUAAUGUGGGAUCAUGGGAUUCACAGGGUUAAUAUCCUGUUGAAAAACAGCAAACAGCUUUUGAAAACAUUCAAGGAAACAUUUCCAAGUUAUACUUUUGACCCUGGUUCCACUUCCUUGGACUGUGAGUCUGAAGUUCCGAGUGGUGUUGAGAAAGUCCAAUGUGCCUGGUUCCAAAUUCUUGAGCUCUUUCACAAAUUCGAGAAUGUCAACCAUGUUGACUCUGAGAUCGAAACUGCACUUUUGCAUUUCUUGAGAACCGCCCAAAAUGUGAUGAGUGGUACUUCGAGUAACUACAACGUCAACAGACUCCAUCUGGGUCUAUUGAUCACCGGUGUUGCUGCUAUGCUAUCUUUCCCAGCAACCUACAGGCUACUCUCGAGAUUCAAAUAUCCUGGGGCGUUCCUGAUGUUCAGCACCCUGAGUUAUGGUGGAAUGAUGUUCGCUAGCAGUUAUGUAGAGGAAGAGCAACAUUUUUGGUAUUGGGUCUUUACAGGGUGGACUUUUUACCUACAUGUCAAGUCAAGUGGACGGCCAUCUAGGUUUUCGUUCCUAGGUAAGCUUCCAUUCACUAGAGUUGGCAUGGUUGGAUUAGCAAUCUCGCAUCGGAUCUUGAGACGUUGGAAUCAAACAGGCCAGAAGUUUGCAGCCGAGCCAGAUAUUGCGCGGACUUUCCUCCCUUCUCAUCAAAACACUCUUUGGGCCCUGAUCAUUCUAACAUACAUUGGCACAUGCUGGCAUCUUCUCGGCGCCCUUCCUUCUUCUUUAUCAUGGCGCCUAGUUGGUAUCUUACUCACCGUCGCAGCCUUCAAUUUUAAACUUGUAUUCGUUGCAUCUGAUUCACCUGAACUUCUCGGCGACUCUUUCUUGGUGUCAUUUGGGAAUAUAUUUGGCAGCAUACCUCUUGUUUCACAAGCAAGGGUCAUUUUCUGUGCAAUCGCUUUGCUCGUUCUGUUCUCCGUAUACGAUAAGACGAGGACCUUAAGGCUACCACAUGAUCAAAGAGUACCAAGUACGCUCUUCCAUGAAGCUCUUACUCUUUUCCUAAUCACGCAAUCAAGAGCAACAAACGUUCCGCUCUUUCUGGUAUUCAGGAUUCAAUUUUAUAUCCUUGCCUCGGCCAAAUUGACAGAUAUGGAAGUGACUAUAACAUCCCUGCUUUCACAGUAUAUGACCUUCUUUGCUUUUGGUGGCUCAAACGCGAUCUCCUCUGUCGAUCUUUCAAGUGCAUAUAACGGCAUCGGCAGCUACAGUGUUGUCUUAGUGGGGAUCUUAACAUUCGUGAGUAACUGGGCUGGCCCAAUAUGGUGGGUGUCAGCGGCUCGCCUUCUUCGGUCGAAUCAGAUCUGGACAGAAAAGCAGAACCACAUCAUGCUUUUGACCUUCCAUAACACAACAAGUCUGAUGUCCGUCAUGGCUGCAUGUACAGCAUUGAGGACGCAUCUCUUCAUUUGGACGGUAUUCUCGCCCAAGUUCCUUUACACCAUGGCAUGGACCACGAUAAACCAUUUUGCCGUGAAUGUGUUAGGAGAGAUAGAUCUCCCCAAUUUUAUAGAUAGGCCUUGAUCAAUGAGAACAUAACACAUUUCCGCUAGAGCUUCCACAGGCUCGAUUAAAACGGCAGGGUAUAAUGUACCGUACAUUGCGGCAACUAUAAUAGACCAGCAAAAAGAUCAUCAAUCGCGUUUUGCCUCUUUUUCUUCUUCUUAUGCGCCUUGAAUCCCCAGUCCAGCGUGCUCUUUGACUCUUUCGUGACCUUUUUUUGAGUACGUAAUCCAGCUGGACCAUGUGCUGCGGAAGAACCCGAGGGCACUGGAGCACUUUCGGAUCGACAAAUGAGUUCUCCUACAUCCUCCUGGGGGGCUCUGGGGUUGGGUGAAAGCUCGCUAGCAACCUUUAUCCGAGACAGCAUUUUUAGAUCCCGAUCAAUUCCUGUAGCUUUUGCGAGACGAGCCAGCGCAGCUA